GACACUGUCGCCCCAGAAUCCGGGAACGCCACAAGCGGGCAAGAUCGAGGAUCUGCGCACACAGCCGCAGCUUCCAACGGCCUUGCCCAUGGAUGGCACAGGCCCCACCAUCCCUACCAACUUGUCUGCCACUUUGCCGGUGCAUGCAGCAGAGAUGGGCAUGAGGGGGGCGGGGCCGGCUCGGCAGCAGUCUCUGUCACAGCAGCCAUCGGCGCCCCCUUCGCGGCAGUCGCCGUACCCGCAGGCUGGCCUUCAGCCGUCGCAGCGGCAGAUGUGCGCCGACAACGCUGGCCCUGCGAGCAUUGCUGCCUGGCCAGGGAAUUCUGCGAUGGGCAAUCAACGACGAAGCCCUGCACCCAGCCAGGUAGCGCAGCCGCGACGGCAAAGCCCACGCAGUGCCCAGGCACCCGCUGCAGCGGUGGCUGGCGGCCAGCCAAGGAUGAUGCAGCCGCCUGGCAUGAUGCCGAUGCAGCACAGGCCGCCCAGUCGUCCGGGCUCCAUGACCAACUC